AUGAGUUAAUUGAGAUUUGAUGGCAAAGUGGUAGUUAUCACUGGAGCUGGUAAUGGCUUGGGAAAAGAGUACGCACUCUUUUUUGGAAAGAGAGGGGCAAAAGUCGUUGUCAAUGAUUUAGGAGGUUCAAUGAAAGGCACAGGAGCAUCAUCUUCUGCUGCUGAUAAAGUUGUUGAUGAAAUUAAAGCUGCUGGUGGAGUCGCUGUUGCCAACUAUGAUAGUGUUGAAUUUGGAGAAAAAGUGAUUGACACUGCAAUUAAGGCAUUUGGAAAGAUUGAUAUUUUGAUAAACAAUGCUGGUAUUUUAAGAGAUGUUUCAUUUGAAAAAAUGAAAGAUGAAGAUUGGGACCUUAUUUAUAGAGUAAUAUAAGAUAAUAUGCCAUUUAGGUUCAUUUGAAAGGUACAUACUCUUGCACUAAAGCUGCUUGGCCAUACAUGAGAGAAUAAAAAUAUGGAAGAAUUAUUAACACAUCUUCAGCAUCUGGUGUUUAUGGUGUUUUUGGUUAAACAAAUUAUUGUGCUGCCAAAAUGGGUAUUCACGGAUUGACAUUGGCUUUGGCAAGAGAAGGAUUAAAGAGAAAUAUAUUAGUUAAUUCAAUCUGUCCUGUGGCCGCAAGUAGAUUGACUGAGACUGUUAUGAGCAAAGAAUUACUUGCAAAUUUGAAGCCAGAAUUCGUUGUUCCACUUGUAGCUGUGUUGAGUCAUGAUGAUUCAAAGGAAACAGGUGCAAUUUAUGAAUUGGGAGCUGGAUACAUUUCUAAAUUGAGAUGGUAAAGAAAUCAAGGAUAUUUCUUCGAUACUCCAUUCACACCAGAAGAUGUUAGAGAUAAAUGGGAAUAAGUAGCUGGUUUUGGAGAUAAUGUUUGUUAUCCUCAAACAUCGUCAGAGAUCUUUGAAAUCUUUUUCAAUAAGGAAGAUUUCAUCAAACAAUAAAAAGAAGGCAAAACAACAUCAGCUCAAACAUAAUAAACCACAUAGACUCCAAGUGUUAAUCUAAAAGCAGAAAAGAUAUUUGGUUUAAUGAAAGCAUUUUUGGAUAGAGGUGAAGGAAAGGAUUUAAUUCCUAAAAUUUAAGGAGUUUUCAAUUUUGAAAUAAUCACUUAAAAGGGCGGUCCCGUCAUAAAAUCCUGGGUCAUUGAUUUGAAGAAUGGUCAAGGUGCAAUUAAGGAAGGAAAAGAGUAAGCAGAUGCCACUUUCACAAUGAUUGAUGACGAUUUUGAAAAGGUCUGCUUAGGAAAACUAUAAGCUAAUGAAGCAUUCUUAAAAGGAUAGAUGAAGAUCAAGGGAAAUAUGAAGAAAGCGUAAAUAAUUAGUAAUAUAAUUUAGUACUCUAUUCACACCCAAUUUAUUCCCAGCACCAACUCCAGAUAACUUUGCCAAGUAUUCCUAACCAAAAUUAUGAGAUAUAUAAAUUAGUAUCAUAUAUAU